UUCAUUUUCAACCUUCGACGUGUUCGGCCGCCGCUGGCGACCGCUGAAGCUGUAUCAAAACGUAUUUCUUCGUGCCGUUUCAUUUCGGAAGUAGUGAAAUCGGAACUGAUCUCUCUGCUCACAUUUCUGUCUAACACAAUGCCCGGCAGCCACGAUAAUUUCAGCCACGGCUUCCCCAUGGCCAGCACCCAAAGCGAGCGUCUGCUGCAGGCACAGAAUCGGCGCAAGUUCAGCUUUCCGGCCACGCUCCAUUCCGCCUCGCUGCUGGAGGUGGGGCAGCGCGAGACGACGAGGCGGCGCCUCAGCAACGUCAGCGAUGUUGUCACACGCAAGUUGUCCUACACCAUUGGCUGGAAGGCGGCACAAAUACCCGCACAGGACAUCAUCACACAGGGUCGCUGCUUGUGCGGACACUACAUCAAGCGGAGGCUGAGACGCUCGGGUUUGUUCAACAAGAAGUUGGGCCUGCAGCGCAUACGCAGCAUCCUCGGCUCCACCUCCAUGGGCAUUGUGCGCGAUGUCUUUCCAGCGGUUCAAGUGCUUGGCGAUGAACUGGAACGGAUGCAUCCGCGUGCCUACAACGGCGUCGCUCGACAGAUUUGUCGCAAUCCCGGCGGCGAGUUCCACACACCCGAUGCUGUCAGCCUGCUGCUCGGGGCGGUGGGUCGCGAAUUGUUCCGUGCGGACAUCACCUGGAGCAAGGUCAUUUCGCUGUUUGCCAUUGCCGGCGGCCUGUCCGUGGACUGUGUGCGUCAGGGGCAUCCCGAGUAUCUGCCCAAGCUGAUGGAGAGCGUCUCGGAGGUGAUUGAGGACGAGCUGGUGCCCUGGAUCAAUGAGAACGGUGGCUGGAGCGGCAUCAAUACGCAUGUGCUGCCCACAACCAACAGUUUGAAUCCGCUCGAGUGGACGACGCUGGUGAUAGGCGUGGUUUUUGGCCUUAUUCUGCUUUUUAUGUUCUUGCGUUUCAUAGUGAGCACAAUAAUACCCAAAAUAUAUCAACGAUUUACGAACUGAUUAACG